GCGCCCCGCCAUCUUGCGGAGGCGUAGCCGCUUCCGGGAGGCUCCCGCGCCAAAUACGAAUCCGACGCUGAGGCCGGGACUGAGUGAUACAGUAGGACGCCGUGGCGGGACUCCCUGUGUACUGGUUCGGAUCCCAUCUCGCUUGGUCUUUACAGCUGAUGCCCUCAUAUUGGCAAAGCAGAAUUUAGGACAAUGGGAGUGACUAAUCUAUGGCAGAUCCUGGAGCCUGUGAAAGAACAUGUUCAUCUGAGCAGUCUCAGGGGAAAAACCCUUGCUGUUGAUUUAAGUCUAUGGGUGUGUGAGGCACAGACUGUUAAAAAGAUGAUUGGAGUAGUCACCAAGCCUCAUCUUAGGAAUCUAUUUUUUCGAAUCUCUUCUUUAACCUCAAUGGAGAUCAAAUUGGUGUUUGUAAUGGAGGGGGAUGCCCCAAAGCUGAAAGCAGAAACAAUGAGUAAGAGGAAUGAGCUCCGCUAUGGGUCUUCGAAAAAACCUAGGGCUGCAAAAACAGGGAGAUCCUAUUUUAAAUCAGUUUUAAAAGAGUGCCUUGAAAUGUUGGAGUGUUUAGGAUUACCUUGGGUUCAAGCAGCUGGUGAAGCGGAGGCGAUGUGUGCUUACCUGAAUGCAAAUGGAUAUGUGGAUGGCUGCAUCACCAAUGAUGGAGACGCUUUCUUGUAUGGAGCUCAGACAGUUUAUAAGAAUUUUACCAUGAAUGCAAAGGACCCACAUGUUGACUGCUAUACAAUGUCCUCUAUUAAAGAGAAACUACAUUGUGACAGAGAGUCUCUGAUUGGGCUAGCAAUUCUUCUUGGUUGUGAUUAUCUUCCUAAGGGAGUCCCAGGAGUUGGAAAAGAACAAGCUUUAAAGUUAAUUGGGACUUUGCGAGGUCAAAGUUUACUGCAGAGGUUUGAUCAAUGGAAAGGACAGCUUCAACGUGGUAAUGCAUCUGUUCUAACAGUUAACAAGAUGACUCAUUGUUCUGUGUGCCACCAUCCAGGUUCUUGUAAGGACCAUGAGCUCAGUGGAUGUAAACUGUGUGGAAGUGUUAAGUCCUGUGAACCACAUGACAGCCAAUACUGCUGCCUUUGUGAGUGGCAUUGUUCAGAGCAAGUGAAACAGACAAAUGCAGUGGAGGACAAUAUCAGAAAAAAAGCUAGAGGUUGUGAGGGCUUUCCAUUUUCUGAGGUUAUCGAAGAAUUUCUUGUAAACAAAAACAAACUGGUCAGGAUAAUGGAGCACCAGAGGCCAAAUUUAUUGUCCUUUCAGGUACAGAAUGAUACAUAGAGAAUCUAGCUCUUUGACAUGUUGCAUUUGUUAGUAUGCAAUGCACUUGAGAAUAUUAAUGUUAAUUAGUAACUUUUAUCAGUGGGAACAAUGUAAGAACCUUGCAACAACUUUAAUAUACAUGUUUGUUUGGAAAUCUGAAAUUAAGACCUUAUAAUAGCUGUAGAAGGGGACAAUGUAGUAAGAGGAAUUGGAAAACAGGAUCACUCACAAGUACUGCAGCUUUAGUUAGAUCUGAAGUUUCUUUUCACAUCCUGUCCUGAAUUGUAGAGUUGUUAUGACAGCUAGCUCUCACUUACGAGUUCUGAAUUGCCACCUACCAAAUUUGGAGGCUUUUCUGGGAAGGUCCAUCAUCCUAAAAAUUUAAAUAUCUGCUCUGGCAUGCUUUCUAGAAGUUAUGUGAGUGGAUAUAGAUUUUAUCAGCCUACAGUAUGCAUAAGAGAGAGAUACCAUGUAUCAUUAACACUGUUUUCAAGUACAAUGGAUGAAAUCCUCAUCUGGUGUAAAUCAGCACAGCACAACUGACUUCAGUGAAACUAGUAUAAUUUGUAGUAGCUACGGAUCUGGCCCACUAAUAGAUAGGUCCAUAGUGGGUGAGCAGGAUGUAUCUUUCUGCCUAGUGGGAAAGGAGAAGGAGGAUCCAGUAAACAAGAAAAUAAUGGGGAGGGGGGGAGGAAAUAGCUAGAAAUAACAACCCUAUAGUGAGAAGGAAAGUGUACAAGGGAGAGAGAGGGCAGAGAACACAUGAGAGAGACUGGACAGAAUAAAAAGGAAUUUGGUGGCAACUGUCAUGGAUUGGUAAGAAGGACACAAGGUAAUAUCCAUUUCCUAAUUUG